AUGGUCUUGGCCCUUUACCUAAAGAUACUCUAGCAACUCCAUGGAGAAGCGUUGAGCGAUGGAACUGUUGACUCCAAUUACGGAGGGGAAAAGCUUGUUAGUAUCAGUGCCGGUAUCGAUGGUUCUCUGUGGGCUUUAAAGCAAGAGGAAAAUGUAAUAAACUAUCAAGUCCUCAAAUGGCAAACAGGAGCAUAAAAGUGGUACAUAGUUCCAUGCGUUAGGGGAGUCAGUCUCUCUGUUUACAAUGAAAUCUCAGUAGCUAUAGUUGAUGAGAAAGGUCUACUUAGUCUUUCAUCUUCGGUAGGACAUCAAGAUGAGGCAUAAUAUAUUGGUAUAGUGACUGCAGCAGCCACUUCUACUGCUCCUACAUAAUAGUAAACUACAAAUAUUCCAGCAACUACUGUAGCUCCAACUACAACAGAUAUUCCUACUCCUACAGUUGCUCCAACUACUACAGAUAUUCCUACUCCUACAGUUGCUCCAACAACUAAUAUACCUCCAGCAAUUGUAUCAACCUCUCCACCACAAUUUCCAGAGAUUAUAGGUUAGCCAGCAGACUCAUUCGUUUCUUAAAAUGCAUUUAAGCAAUUUGCUGAAGCAGUAAACUAAGCUUUUGGUAAAAACAUAAAGUCUUUUACUCAAGUCUUUUAUUCUAAAAAGAAUUAAAACUAUCGGAUGGAUGCUAUGAAAUCCAUAAUUUUUAAGAAGAACAUCUUUGGAUUCAUCAAAACAAACACUGGUUCAAUUCUAGGAUUCUAUUACGAAGGUCCGAUAUAUUAUACUUCUGAAUCAGUGGGAAGAGUAAAUACAAAUACUAUGAUUUAUGGAAUCUCAAGCGAUCAUUUCUCCAAAAAAGAGCUUGGUGAUAACUUCGUAACAUAUUUUGGACCAUUUGAGAGCAAUACAGCUAUGCAAAUCAUCACAACCCCUAGAGCAAGACUAGCAUUUUACCCAUCAUGCAUUAAUUAUCGUAGUGGGACGAGUAAUCAAGCUUAGUGCUAUAGUGAUUCUAAUUUCGAAUAACAAGAAUAUUGCUAUUGGACACUCUUAAAACCCGAAAAUAGUAAUGCUGAUUUUGAAUGUGAACAAAUAGAGUAUUAUCAAGCCAAUUUGCAAUGA